GCUAUUCCAAAUCUUCCCUCUGUUCAGAGAAAAACAGACCCUAAGCCCCGCGGUCGCCUCCAAUGUCGCGCUUAAAGAAGUGUCCCCCCCAUCUCUCUGUGUGUGGAGAGCACCAGCAGCUGCUGUCAUUUUUAUUUUAUUUUAUUUAAAGCAGCCCAGACAAGUGUGGCUGUGCCGCCACUGCUGCUGCUGCUGUGCUCGGUUUGGGGUUUACACAGACCGAGCUGUAAGUAGGUCGGGCUGGGCUUAAGCGGCUUAACUACGUCAGCCUAAGCUGAGAGGAAUUCAUCCAAAGCCCUCUGCUGGUAGGCGGGGGCCUAAAUGAGGCUGGCCUAGUUAAGCCUGAUUCUUAUUGUGUGAAGCACGGCCAGUUUUUAUUGUGCAACGUAGCUGUGAGAGAACCCAGGACCACAGUGUGAAUCCAUGCACUUGUUAGUCAAAGCCUAGGGUUGAUCUGGAGGAGAGUGGAGGGGGAGAUGAGACGUGGAGGAGUGUUAGGCCAGUCUGUGACCGGGGACCGAGACAGAAAGACAGCGAAGCAGAGUGGGGAGCCACAACUGUGAGAUUGGCCUCAGAGAAAAGACGGGAGCGGUCUUAAGGCCCGGUUUGGUCCCGUAAGAUGGCCUCCAACUCUGUGUUCAUGUCCAGCAUGGUGGGUAAAGCGCGCUCCUCCAACUUCACCCUCUCCGAGAAGCUGGACCUGUUGAAGCUGGUCCGUCCUCACAUCCGCAUCCUGGAGGAGCACACCAACAAGCACGCGGUCAUCGUGGACAAGAACAAGUGCUGGGACAACGUGGCGGAGCAGUACAACGGCCUGGGAGGGGACCGACCCCACCGCACCGCCCAGGGCCUCAGGACUCUGUACAAGAGGCUGAAGGAGUCGGCCAAGCAGGAAGUGAUGCAGCGGAGACACGCCCAGCCCGAGUACAGAGGCAGCAUCUCUGAGCCGACCAGGAGGAUUAUGGAGAUGAUCCCUCACUUGUUUCACCAUGUGCCCAUCCACGAAAAGGACCAGGCACUGCGCAGGUUGAUAUACAACAAGCACACCUCCCCCAUCCAGCACCCGGGCAGCAGCUCCUCUCUGACUGGACUCCAGGAUUAUUCAGCGCCCGCGCCGAGCGUUACGCACGAGGUGGUCCAGCUGGACCCAGAGGAGGACGUCAAACCACCGCCGGACCUCCCCGCCGUCGUCUCGCACGCGGGUCCAGCGCUGGACGGAUUUGAGGAGCAGGAGGGGGACCAGGACUUGGCCAGCACCCACAAUUACGAGGCGUCCUUGUCUCCCACCUCUUCCUCCGUUAACGUCGCCCUCUCCGCCUCGCCGCUGCCCUUGAGCCACGACUUCUACCCGAACGACGUCUACCCGCGCCACGAGACGCACCGGUUUCGUCCUCUGCACCUGGCCAAGGAGGAGCACGAGUUGGUCUUGGCCAAUCACAGGAAGGUGGCCCUGUACCUGGAGGAGAAGAGAGAGGGUCUGAAGAGGAAGCAGGAACUGGAGGAGGAGCUUCUGAGAGCCAAAAUCAAAGUGGAGAAACUGAAGGCGGCCCGACUGAGACACGGGCUGCCGCUUCCUCUAUAACAGCGGCCUGAAACGCAGAUCCUCCAGGGCCGGUGUCCUGAAACCUUUUAGACCCCAGCCCCUCAGCGCCUCAAUCAAGUAGCUAAACUCACUGGCCUGCAGUCAAGCUCUAGAGAGUUGUGCUGAUGAACUAAUGUUGGAGUGUGCUGGUGAAGAUUCUCAGUCAUCCAGGUCAUGGUUAUUCCAAAAAAA